AUGCCUGCAGCACAGUAUGCCAUUGCCUGGAUCGCCACCAGCGAGGCCGCCUUCAAUGGUGCCCUUCAAGUUUUGAAUCCCGAUCAGGAAAACCACGUCUGGAGAGUUGACACCCCCAGAGACAUCGUCAGCAAUGUCCCUACCCCUCCUACCCGAUACCCGUACAAUCAUGGAGUAGUAAACGGCCAAAUGGUUUACCUAGCCAACGCGUUACACGAAGAUUUUACUAGUCUCUUGGCUGAGAUCAUGGUGAGCAAGCUGGCCAGGAAGAGGAUACAAGUUCGUAUGAUCCUAGUCAGCAGCCUUUCCUAUGUUGAAAACUACGCCGCAUCCUCCCUUGGCCCCAACCACUGUGUUCUCGAUACCUUUCCCCCCCUCGCUACCACUGGCACCGUUUCAGCUGAAUGUCAAAGGAACGCAUAUCGCCUUCUCAAUGCGGCGAGUAGCCAUUAUCACGCUUCCCAGCUAGGCGAGGGUUACGCCUACACACCCGUCUGUCUUUACAAUCACCAAGACCCAAAUCUCACAGUCAACAUGUGUCAUUCAAACAUUGUCUCGGGCCUGCCAACCAUGGCGUUCUUUGGCCUGCUCUAUACGGACGACUCGUCUCCAGAUGCGCAAGUCAAUGCGUCCAUGGUAGCUGCAAUCCAAGUCAUGGGCGUUCUCGGGCACCUCGAACAGCUAGAGCCAAUGACACAAUGGUGA